UCACAAUUAAAAUACGCUUAUUUCUGUACAGUUUUUAAUUCAUUCAUUCCUUUCACCUAAAUAUAUAGACUCGGUCAAGAAACCAUAUUGCCUACUGGCGAUGGUGUACCUACUGUUAAAGUUGUCUACUAGGUAUCAAGUGAAUGUUCUCAUUUGUAUACGUUAAGCCUUAUUCAUAAGGGCCUGAAGCCUAUUUGCGUCUUUUCUAAAUAAUCAAUAUGGAAGUAUAGCCUUUUACAUUUGAAACUUAGCUCGGUUAUAAUGGUUGAAUCGGUCCGUGGUAAAAUGGCUCAUCGGAAGAAAGAUAACCACAGCUCUGAUAAAUCUUAUCAAGAUAUGCAGGCUGAUCAUGAAUUGUUCCUUCAAGCAUUUGAAAAGCCUACUCAGAUCUACAGAUACCUGAGAACUCGCAAUAUUGUUAGUGUAAGUGUUUCUCAGCCUACACCUAUUUUUCUUCACCGAAGUUUGUACUACAUGAAAAAUCGAAUGAGCCGUAACCACAAAAAUAGAUCCACCUUCAAAGUUGAUUCCCUCGUUCACAAGCUUGAAAAGCAGCAAAAUGAGUCCCAGUCCAAUCAUCCUGGAAGUUUUCUUAACCUUGCCUUUAUUGGAUUUUUUGACAAGAAAACUGAAGGAGAAGGUGACCGUGCCCACUUGAAAGUAGAUGUUGUCAAAAUUUCCCACAAGAAGCGUAAAGAAUCGUCUGCACCAAUAACUCAGACAUGUGUUGGGAGCCAUGACAUCAGCAUCAACCCGCCUAUGGGAAGCCUGGUUGCUUGGCAACCUCCAGCCUCCCUGCAAGUUAACAACCACCAGCACAGUUCAGAUGGAGCCAGCACCAAGGAGCCUCUAGUCUCCAUCCCCACAAAUACAUUUGGCACGCUUAAUGGCCACCAGAACAAAUCAUCCGUUCUUCAGUUCAAAAUUGAGCUUGUGCAUGACCAGGAGAAUAUAUGUGAACCAGCUUCUAAACGUCGGCGGUUAAGCCGCGGAAGCAGCGCGACUGCAGACAGUGGAUCAGAGCACAGCAGUGGUGGCGGGUCGUCUUCAGACACUACCAGUGACAACGUGACUUGCUACAAAGCUGAGCUUGUCGUCUAUGACAGACAUGGACGGUGUCAGCUCCAGGCUGGCUCUUACGAGCUCGUCCUGCAGCCCGUUAAUGCAACUGCUGGCAAGACAAUUUCUUCAAGCCCACGCAAAAACUCAACCUGGGAGUCGACUGAAGACCUCAAAGUGGAAGCAGCAAAUAUCUCUGAUUUCCAGAACUCUGGACCAACCUUGCACUUCCGCCUCGCGUGGUCUCAUGAACCUGGUGGUGGAAUUGGAACAUGCACGGCAGUUACAGGCCACACUAAUGGUCACUCACGCCUGCAAUCAAGUGGAACUAGCCUGAGCGCGAUGUUCAAGACGCUUAUUCGCCCCAAACAGCCGCUCUCAGUCCUACUUGAAAAUGACAAGGCAACAAAACCUAAACCUCAAGGCGUGAGCAGCCCUGAAGCACCUCAGCUGGUGCUCUACCAGUUUGUUUACAACAACAAUGGACGUCAACAAACUGAAGCGAGGCGAGACUUUCACUGCCCUUGGUGUUCCAUCAACUGCCUUGCUCUUUAUUGCUUACUUAAGCAUCUCAAACUCUGUCAUGCUCGCUUCACUUUUACUUACUUGCCACAUCCAAAGGGUGCUCGCAUCGACGUGUCCCUGAAUGAUUGCUAUGAUGGCUCGUACGCUGGCAACCCUCAAGACCUUGUGGCGCUCUCGGGUGGUGGUGGCGGAGUGUGUUUCUCACGCACAGGUCCUUGUCGCCGCGCCCCUACGACCGCUCUGCUGGUGUGUCGUCCGCGACGUAGCAAGCCUUCGUUGUCUGAGUUCCUCGAGCAGGACCACGUGGACUACGACCUACCGCGCUCUUAUAUUCUUGGCCAUAACAGGUUGUACCAUCACACGAUGUCGUGCCGACCUAUUGGCCCCCACGAGCUGGACGAAGACAGCGAGGGAGAACAUGACAGUCAGUGGAUGCGUAUCAAGACCGUCUCCAUGAUAGACGAUUUCUCCGAUGUCAACGACGGAGAGAAGGAAAUCAUGAAGCUCUGGAACGUGCAUGUCAUGAAACACAACUUCGUAGGCGACUGUCAGCUGCCUAUUGCUUGCUCGAUGUUCGUUGACGCGCACGGAGAGGAGGUGAUCAGACGUAACCUGUACCGGAAUUAUUUACUGCAUCUCGUGUCCCUCUACGAUUUCGGAGUCAUGGGAGCCGGUGCCGUCUAUAACAAUAUCCGCCAGCUCCAAAAUCUAAUGCAGGAAAAAGGACUCCAUUUGGAGUUAUCGAAACAUUGGACACGCCAAAGAAGAGUUGGUUUAAAGGCUUAUACGUCGCCUCGGUCUGCCAUAAAAGCCUCUGUCAGUAAUUUAUCUUCUGAUUCAUCUGCCGUUUCCUCUGCUGCUCGCGCCUUGCUUGCAGACAGCCACUUCGAGGCUCCUACUAAGUCAUCAGGCUCCACAAAUGGCGCAAGUUCGGAUGGCUCUUAUUUACCUUCAGUUGGGAAAAAUGUGGCUGCAACUUCUACCAAAGCUCCUACCUCUGCUUCAAGUACAUCAACUAAAGCUGUGUUGCCUACCACUGCCACCAGUAUCUGUAGUAUUAGCACAUCUAUUGAUAAGCUCUCUUAUAGUUCUGUGGUAGCUUCUUCACUUAAGACUUCUUCUAGUACAAAUUCAUCAACCAUUUCUCGUAACAGUGUUGCGCGGAAUAGCUCUAACGCUUCACACAAAGCGUCUUGUAGUUCCUCAAAUGCCAGUACCAACUCGUCAAUCAAACCUCCUUCUAUAGUCAACGGUUUACCCAGCAAAAAUACUGCCCUUACUGUGCUCAAAAACUCCGUUGUCUGUUCUUUGACAAGAAGUUUUCCAAGCCAUGCUCAACCUAGAAGUGGUUCUACUACAUCAAAUUCAAGUACCUCGUCUAAAAGUUCCUCUCCCAGCAGUCAAUCGAAAUGUUCUGUUAAUUUACCAAUUAAAUCACCUUCACUUGGUGGUCAAUCCCAGGGCUUAUCAAACGGUCCAAACUCUAAAGUGAACCAGAACGAUAAAAAUUCCCCCGUUAUUCUAAAGGCUCCCGUCAUUCCAUUGCCUUCGUUUCCCUCUAAGAUUUCUAGUCCAUCUCUGAGAACCCAAACCGGCGACAAUCUGACCAAACAGAUUCUUACAAAAACCAAAUAACAUUAGAAUGAAUCAUUGCUUAAGUUUCUAAGAUUGAUGGCUGUUGUCAAAGCAGUGUGUUUUGUUGUCAUAUAAGCUUGUUGUAAAUUACAGCUGUGAAAUCGUUGUUGUUUAAUAGUGGCAGGAGUUCGAUGUUCAUCAAACUCCUGGUUUUCGGUACACAUCCAUUUCAUUGUGCUCCGGUAGUAAAUAUGCCCUGGUUUAUUAGCUUCUAUGUUCAUCGUAUGACUGAGUGUGAAUUAAUGGAGUAGAUCAUCUUCAUUAAGUUCAAACUAGUUAGUCUCCUAGCAUUGCCAAUUUAGGGUUUC